AUGCAGAAGAUAGGGGCAAUGGGAAGGCUGUACGGCGUCUCUGGAGACGCGGAGGCGGGGCAGACGCACGCGAUAAAGUCGGGCAAGCGCUCGAUCUCUGAAAUGGCGAGUGGAGUGGGAAUGGUAUGCAAAGUCGUGGGCGGUGGCGAUAUGCUGUAA